AUGAGAAAGAUAUCUCAAACAAUAUAAUCUAGAAAUAAAAAAUAAGUAAAAGAACAGCUAUAUUCUGAUGAACUAAUUGAAGCUUUAAAAAGUGAAAAUAAAUCAAGUGAAGAAGUAGAGCUAAUUCGAAGUAAGACUGCCGGAUUAAGUUUUUUUCAAAGCUAUUAUGAAAGCAAACUUUAAGAUUUACAUGAAUAAGCUUGCUACAAAUUUAAAUAUGAAUAUAUGAAAAAAGGAACUAUUGUUUUUAGAAUUUUUGAUUAAUCAGAUAAAUUUUACAUUCUUCUGAAUGGUGUACUUGAAAUGCAUGGCAUAAAACCAAGUGAUGAAGAUGAGGUUGAAUAAGAUCUUGAUGUUCUCUAAAAAAAUUAAGGAUAAAAUAAUCAAAACAAUGCUGCUAAUAAUAACUCUGAAUAGAAAAAUGAAAAAAAAGAUACAGUUUUGUAUCUAUAAAAGAUAUUAAAACCUGGUGCUUGCUUUGGCGAAAUAGGUUUAAUUUGUAAUAAAUCUAGAACAGGUACUAUUACUUGCUCUGAAGAUUCUCAUUUUGCUGUAAUGGAAAAGCAAGAUUUUGUUGCUAUAUUAAAGCCUGUUGAAGAAAAAAAAUUGCAGAAAUAAACAGAGUUUCUUGGGUCACUUCCUUGUUUUAAUGGAUGGCCAUUUCAUUUCUUGAGGGAUGUAUAUUUGAAUAUAAAUAAACGGUAAUUAAAUAGAGGUGAUUUCAUUUUUAAGGAAGGUGAUAAGGCUAACUUUGUUGCUAUAGUUACAAAGGGUAAAUUCUAUGUUUAUAAAGAGUUUUUAGUGUAAAAACCUUUAGUUAUGGAAGAUAUAAGCAAUAAUGACUUGAUUAUUUAAAACGAAAAGCCUUCUAAAAAGAAGAAUAAAGAAAAGGUAGUAAAACUUCCUUUUAAUGUUAACGAGUCUUCUUUGAAGUAAAAAAAAGAAAUUAAAAAGGUAUUAGAGCUAGGUGAUAAAGAUUUAGUAGGAGAAGAAGAUAUCAUUAAAAACAGAAAGAGGUAAUAUAGCAUUAAAUGUGAGAGUACUGAAGGUGGAGAAAUCAUUGUAAUUAUGAAACAAGUAUUUAGGGAAAGAAUUCUUGCAAGAGAUAUAGCGCAAAGGACAAUUAUAUCUCGAAUACAUUUAAAGGAAUAAAUAUUUUAAGAUCAUGUUAAUCUGAUUGAAUAUAAUUUAUAAAAUUUCAAGAAACUUUUGAGGGAAAAUAGAGCUGAACUGAGAUACGAUAAAUUAAAGGAAUAAAGAUUACUGUAAGAACAAGAAGAAUAUUAUAAAAAAUAUUAUUAAAAUAGAAGAGGUUCUGAGUAAAUUCAAAAGAACAGUAGUUUAGAAGUUAUAAGUAGUAAUAAUAAAAAUGUUGAUUAAAGCUAAUUAUUCAUUAAAAAUUUGGAUAUUCUGAUUGAUCAAAGUAGUGGGGUAGGCAUAUAAAAUUCUUCAGUUGUGAUGAAAAGAUAAAAUUCUAAUUCACCUUAAAAAAUUCAAAUUUAAAAUGAGAAAGGAUCAUAGAGUCCCAUAAAAUCUCCUUAACUGCAGAGUCGAAAUAGCCCAAGGGAAAAAAAAUAGAUAGAAUAAAGCUAAACUCCUAAUUAAUUUUAAGAAUAAUUAAAUUAUAUUCCAAAUCUCAUAGAAAAAGCAAAUGAAAUCAUUAACAAAUCAAAUGAAAAAAAAAGAUAAAAUUCGCUUAACUAAUCAGGAAAUUUCGAAGAAGAGGCUGAAUUAAUGAAUAAAUCUAGUAUGAUUAGAUACUUAUAAUACAAUAGAAAAAAUCUAAUGAUGGACGAAAAAGGAAUUGGUAUUCCUUUGAUUAAUCCUUUAAAAAAUGAAGAAGAAUUAGAUAGGUAAGUCAGAAAGCAUCUUUAAAAGUAACCAAAAAGGAAAAACUAUCUUGGUGAAUGGAGAAAUGGAAUCGGCUAAAUGGAUAAAAUAUAUGGUGUACUGAGAAAUGCAGGCUAUUUUGACUAUAAAUUGCAUGAGUUAAGAGAAAAUAAAGCUAUUCGGAAAGAUAGUCCUUCAUGUUUAAAUACACCCUCAUCACAAAUGAGUUCUCGAAAUGAUUGUCGAAGAUAAUUAAAUCAUAGUCUGAAUUUAUCUUCAAAUAAAAUUUAAAUCGAUUAAAAUCAUAAAAUCACAAUUAAAGAAAUACAAUCAAUUGAUGAAGACAGCUCACAUAUCUAAAGUAUUAAUCUAAAUAAACCACAACAGUCUAUCAUUGAAAAUGAACAAGCAGAAUUAAAAAAUGAAAUUAAUAAUGUUAUGGAUUACUACUUAAAUUAAAGUCAUCUGUAUAGUAUCAGUAAAAAUGAAGAGCUAAGUGAAUAAAAAGGCUAAUAAGAAGUUAUGGGGAAAAAAAUAUUUUAAACUUCGAUAAAUGCUGUUCCAACAAUACCUAUGGUUGAAAGAAAAAAGAUUCCAUAACUUAAGCUAAAUAGUGGGAAAUAUAAUUUUUAAAAUUCACCAAAUAAGUAUUCCUCAAAUGGGGGAGCUUCUUCUAUUAAAAGUGGAAUUGGGAAUUCGGAUGAUCUUUCAAGCAUAAAUUACCCCUUAUAAAAAAAUAAAUUUACUAACUUGUCUAACAUAUAAAAUAAAUAACAAUAUUCAACACUUUCUUAAUUCUAUAAUUCAUAAAAUAUUUGUUAGCAUCAAGUAUUAACAUACAGAGAUUCUAUUAAUGCUAAAAGAUACAAUAGUAAUAACCAGCCAUUACCAGGAAACUAAUCUGCUCGAAAUUAUGAAUCAAGAACUACAACUAGCAGAGGCAAUAGAGAAAAUAGUAUAUCUCCUAAUAGUUUUACUUUGAAUUAAAAUAUUUAAUACUCUUCUCGGUAAUAAUCAAGAUAAAAAUAAAGAGCUACAAGCUAGAUAAUGUAGGAUUUAUCAAGACCUAUUACAAGAAAUUAAAUAUUGAAAUCAUCUACUCCUGUUGAUUAUGCAGAAAAAAAUACAUCAAUUUUACUUGAAGGAUUUAAAGAAUUUUUACCAAAGCCAUUUAGAGAGUUUAAUCCAACUCAUAAACCACUUUCAUUAAACCAAGAAAAGCGAGAAGAAAACGAAAUUUUAAAUUCUGAUUUGUAUUUUUAGAAAUCAACAGCAAAUAAAAUUCAAUAAUUAAACAGAUAUUAAGUAAAAUAAACGAUUUCUUAAUUUAUGAAUAGACACACUCAAAAAUAAAAGUUGGUCAUAGCAGAUGACUAAAAAAAUUCUGAAUAAAAUAAAUAAGUUAUUUUUGAUGAAUUAAUAGAUUAAUCAAAGAUAUACCUUAAUAAAAUAAAAAAAUAAGGAAAUAAAUCAAGAGAUUUAUCUUUUAAUAAUACACAUCGUUCUUACUUUUGA